UUAAUGUUAUAUUUAGAACCAAUAAAUAGUACCCACCCAUUAAGAAUUUAUAUUACUGUGACUCCAUCAAAUACACCCUCAUAUAUUUUUACUGUUCAGAAUCAAGGUAAUAAAUAUCUACGUCGAGUUUCGGAACUUUCUCCUCAGUCAGGUUAUUUAGCUUUGAAAGGUUCAUCAAAAUUAGUUUUACCAAAUGGUGAUACAUAUUUUACCCCAGCUAUUUCAUCAGAUCCAACAAAAACAGCAUUUUCACCAUUAUACCCAUCAAAAUUUUUAAAUCCUAUUUGGACACCAUCAUUUAAUAUAUAUAGUGAAUUUUAUAAAGAAAUUAAAUUAAUAGUACCCGCUUUAAAUGAGUUUAAACCAAACUCUUAUCAGUUUUCAUUUAUACUAUCACAAAAAGAUAUUGAUUUUUAUAUUAAAUUUCAAGAUUUCGAAAUAAUUAAAAAGUCAACUUUAGUUUUAGAUUCGUCUUUAUACGAUAAAGAUGGAAAGCUAAUCAAAUUAAGUAUAAAAUUUGAUCAAGUUUAUUCAAGUUUAGAAUGUGAUGUUAAUGAAUUUAAAUUGGUUAUUGGAUAUAUUAAUAAUAUCAAAAAAAAAUUAUCAGAAACAAAUGAUAUUUCAGAAUCAAUAAAUUUAAUAUUCAAUUUAGAUUAUUUAUAUUCAACUGAUUUUUGGAUGAACUGCAGAGAUAAAGUUAAUAAUUAUUUCAUCAACAAACUUCAAACAGAAGAGAUAUCAAUAAAACAAUGUAUGUAUUCAGCAAGAGAUCCAGAGUUUGCCACCGACCCAUGUUGUAGCCCUACCCAAUUAUAUUAUCAAUGCUGUAAUCCUUCACCAAUUAAUGUUACAUUUAUACAGACUAUUGAUUUCAAUAAUGAUUUGAUCAAUAAUGAAUGUUUAAGUGCUGAAUGCACCAAAUCUGUUUUAGAAGAGUAUGAGACGGCCCUAUGGAUGGAAAGGGCUGAUGUAUGCAGAACUUCAUCAUUUACGGUUUUAAAACUUGCCUAUUCAACAACAGAAACAAUUAGAGGAUGUAAGGACGUUUUAAUAUCACCUAUUUGUUCAAAAGAUUCAGAUUGUAAAGAUUAUGGCAAAAUUAAAAAAUGUAAUUUGUAUACCAGAGAAUGUAUAGCUGAUUUCGAAAGUAUUGAUAAAAGUUACAUAAAAUGUGUUUUAGAAAAUUUAUCAAUUUCAUCUCUUUUUUAUCUUACAAAUUCAACAUCAUUCAAUAGUGAUACAAUCGAUACUUUAUAUAAUGAUCAUUUAUCCUCGGAUUGUGUUGGUAGUAAAUCAAUUAUGGAUCGUUCAACAUACUCAUUUUUUUCACCUGGCUUGGAAGAUAGAUACAAUAAAAACUAUGGCUGUCUAGAUUCAACAUGUUUUCUCAAACAUGAUAUUAAUUUUGAUUUUUUAACAAAAUUAUCUUUUGAAAAAACUCCUAGAGACCCUUGUGACAAUUUUGGUUUUUGCAAAAGUUUACCCUGUACCAAUUCUUUAGAAUGUAAAAACCAAUGUAAUGCUGAACCAGCUUCUUUUUGUGGUUAUUGUAGUGAUGAAAAUCUUACUCAAUGUCAUAAUUUAAAUAGUGUUACCAACCAAAGGGAUUGCGAAAAUCAAAGUUCACUAUGCUUAUUACCAAAUGGUGAAAUUUUAACAGGAAAAACUGAAAAAGAAUGUACUGAAACUUAUGGGGAGUGCUCAUAUAAUAAUUGUGGUGAUAUUUCAUGUACCUCUAUUUUCGAUGGUGUUGAUUCUGGGUGUUUCAUAAAUACUUCGAACGAAACAUGCUUAGAUAAAAAUGGUAAAUUUUUAGACUUAAAAUUCUAUACAAUCUGCUUACUUACAUUCGACCAAGAGACCUGCAAAAAUAAUAAUUUUGAUUGGAUAGAUUGCGGCUCAAAAUUAGUUGGAGAGUGUAGUGGGGGUUAUGAUUUUCCAUUGGUUUGCACUACAAAGUACUCUAACAAAUGUAACAAAGCUCAAUGCGAGUCAAUAGCUGGUGAAUGCUCUGAUAAAUAUUUCUUUUCACCAGAUUCUAAUCCACUUUAUCCUAAUGGUUUGGGCAAAUGUGUUGGGAAACACUCUAACAUUGAAGAAUCGAUUCGAUGCAAUUAUGAUGAAAAUGAUUCACCAGAAGGUUGUUACAGUAAUCGACCAAAACAUUUUACAAAAGCGAAAUGUGAAGAAAAUAUAGGUUCUAAAUGGUGGAGUCCAGCAUUAACAAAAGAAGAUUGUAUUUCAAAGUAUGGUUGCAAAACUAUGUUAAACCAAAUUCCAUUUAUGUUCACAUUUAAUUUUAAAUUUAAUGAAAUGAACGAAGACACUUGUAAUGGAUGUGGUGUUGAUUCUUUUAAUGAAUGGUAUCCAAAGUAUAAUUGGAAUGCAGGUACAUGGAAACCAGGUGUUUAUAUAAAACCAAAAUGGAUCAAUAACCAAUAUAUUUCAAAUAAAAAAAGUCCAAAUACAUUUGAUUAUCAAUUUUUUUAUAACUCGGUUCAAAAAACAUUUUUCUAUCAACUUAAUGAGUUUUAUCGUACCGAAAAUAUUUGUAGAAAUAAAAAAGCUCAGUUAUCAAUGGAAAAAGUAUUGUGUAGUUGUAUUGAAAACAAUAAUUUAUCUCAAGGUAAUAUCUCACAAUGUUUCCAAUUAUCAGAUGCUCCUUUGAUUUUACAAAUAAAUGUAUGCUCAGGCUGGAUACAUGAAACAAUAUUUGAUUUUGGUAAAGCUUUAUUUAAUGGAACUGCAAGUAAUCAAACUUGUCAAGAAAUAACUUUAUCACAUGUUAGUAAACAAGGGUAUACAUCAUCAACUCCAGAAACUUUAGCAUCCAAUUUUGUAUCAUAUAAAAAACCUCCAAGCUUUGCUCUUUUUAAUUCAAAAAAUGCUACUAUUGGUUAUUUGAUGAGCGAUGGUUUAAUGAUUCAAUCGAGUGAAGGUAUUAACCAAGUGGAGAUUUGUUUUAUUAAAAAUAAAUUAUUGGGAAACAGUAAUGGUGAUUUCCCAGUAAUAGAUAUUGCUUUUCAAAUUGAUAAUAAAACAUCACCUUUACCAUUGGAAAUACCAAAAGGCAAUAUUAAUAGUACUGAUAGUGUUUAUAUCUGUUUAAAAGUCUCAAAUGUUCCAAAAGGUGAUCCAACUUACUUUUUAAUUUCUCGUAUAAAUGAUAAAGAUUGGAAAACUAUGACUAAGGAGAUUUUCGAUAAACAAACUAAGGUUUUAAUGUAUAUUCUGGCUGUAAUAUUUUUAUUGAUUUCUUUGUUUGGUUUAUAUGAAAUUAUAACAAUAAUCAUAUUUUAUUUUAAAAAAAUAAUAAUCCAAUUCCAAUUGAUUCAAAUAUUAAUUUUAAUUGUAACACUAUUUAUUUUAAUAAGAACUAUAUAUUUCUUUUUAUUAGUUAAUGGUAAACUUCAAGAUAACCCAGUUUUAGAUUAUAUUUUAGUGGUUUUACCCACUUUUAUUUAUUUUACAGCCUUUAGUUCAUUAAUAGUUUUAUGGUACACAAUCGUAUUUUUAUUUUUAAAAAAUAAUAUUGGAACUGGAGUUGUAAAAAAAUUAUAUUCAAUUGUUAUCACUGUUAAUAUAAUAUUAUAUUUAUUCUUUAUUGCCAUUGUACUGGUAUUUCAAUACACUCCAUUACCCCCAGCAUACGAUUGUGCUGGUCGUGUUGUCACUGCUAAAGAAGCUUCACCUUCACAAAAAGCGACUAAUUUAACUUAUGCUAUUGUGCAAGCGGGUCUUAGUUUUGUUAUUUCCGCUGCAUUUAUCUAUUUAGGCAGAAAUCUUUAUAAAACGAUAUCAACAAGUGAAAAAAACCUUUCAAAUACUAAACACCAGAAAAAAAUUUUUAUAUUAUCCACUAUAUGUUCAGUUGGUUUCUUACUACAUUGCAUAUUUGUUAUAGUGUUGGCUACUGACAUAUCAUCUAUGACAUUUAGCUUCAUAGGUUUAGUCAUUACAGAGGUAAUUCCAGUAGUUAGUAUAAUGUAUUGUUUUAAUCCAAAUGAUAAAAAUAAUAAUAAUAAUAGUAGUAGC